GGACGCCAUCUUAGGUGCCAGUAGUUUACCGGGGCUUCCACUCUCCAUCCUUACAGUUUUCCUAUAGAAGCCCGGGUAAACUCACUAGGAUGGCACGCAGGCUACUGAGCGUUAUCUUCACCCAGAACAACUGCUUCUUGUACAUCCCGCCCUUCUGGUUCAUGUCUUGACAGACGACUGACAAAACAGAUUGUCAAAACCAUUAAUCACCGAGUUCUCCUGACCUCCCAGGCUUCCCUGGCAGACUGUACAACACACGGUAUCUUAUACACGUUUCUUGUUUCAGUCAACGGAAGAGUUGACAUUUGUCCACGUGCCUUCGUAAACUGUCGGUAACCUUCGGAGCGAACACGCGGGGUUGCAUUCCUACCUCCUCAGUUUCAGCCUGUGUCUCCUGUAUCGUUCAACACGCGCAGCAUCGCAGCGAAGGCCGCCACGAUGAACUGUCUUCAACUGUUCUUCUUACUUGGCACAGCUCUUGCCAAAGCAGAUUUCAUCAGUUCUGUUCUCCAAGGGUUCCUGUUUUUGCCAGAAGACAGCCUUGACGACACCUGUCCCGAGGGAGACUUCAAGUGCCACUCUCACGCCGUGUGUAUCCGGGAGGGGUGGCGCUGUGACGGAGAGAACGAUUGUUACGACGGCAGUGAUGAGCUGGACUGCCCUGAAACCUUCUGUGCGAAGUCGGAGUUCCAGUGCCGGGACCCUCCCAGCUGUAUCCCGGCACGAUGGGCGUGUGACGGGGAGCGUGACUGCGCAGACUCGUCUGACGAGGCCGACACCGCCUGCGUCUGGUUCAGACGACGGUCCAAGCCGUGCGAGGGCGGCAGUUUCCGGUGCUCCAACUCCCGCUGCAUCCCGCUGAAGUUCAUGUGUGAUGGAGAGGAUGACUGUAAGGACAACUCCGACGAGUCCUCGUGCCCAGUCUGUCGGCUCGGCAAGUUUCUGUGCAAGAGCGGAAGCUGCAUUCCUGAUAAGUAUCGUUGCGACGGUGUCGACGACUGUAAGGACAACUCAGACGAAGAGGGAUGCGAACCCGAAAACAGCACCACUCCAGUACAACACAGAACCACCACCAAAACUUCUACCAUUUCACCCUCCACCACUACCACCUCAAGGACCACGUCUACAGCAUCUACGACGACAAGAAGCGAGACUUCGCCAAAGACCACAGGAACCUGCAGCAGUGACCAGACCAUGUGCCGGGACGGAAGCAAAUGCAUUCCUAACUCCUGGCUCUGUGACAAAGCCGAGGACUGCGCUGACGGAAGCGAUGAGGAUAACUGCGCAGCGGAAUGCAGGAAAGACCAGUUCAGGUGUAACGGGAGCGGGAUCUGCCUGCCUGCAGCCUGGCGAUGUGACUCCCAGCCAGACUGUACUGAUGGCUCUGACGAGGCUGGCUGUGGACAGGAGUGCCUUCCAGAGGAAUGGAGGUGUGACAUCGGAAGGUGCAUCAAGGAAAAAUGGCGCUGUGAUGGCGACAAGGACUGUCCUGAUGGGUCGGACGAGAAGGACUGUGAAACCCCCACGUGCAGUGAGACGCAGUUCCGGUGCCCUGACGGCCGCUGCCUGCCCAGUAAGUGGCGGUGUGACGGACAGGACGACUGUAAAGACGGGCCCCCCGGGUCUGAUGAAGCCGGCUGUGAUGCCAGCAGUGCGCCGCAGCCGUGCGCAACGUUCGAAUUCCAUUGCGGAGACGGGGAAUGCAUACAUGAGACUUGGGUUUGCGACGGUGACGGAGACUGUAGCAACAUUGCUGAUGAGAUGGAUUGUGCAGCAGAGCCCCCUACCCAAAAGGAGAAGGACUGCAGCGCAGGGUACUUCCGAUGUGAACCAAAUGGGUGUAUCUCGGAGGAGAGGAUCUGCGAUGGACAAGUCGACUGUGAAGAUGCUUCAGAUGAGCAAGACUGCGCUGCAGGUGUAAACGAGUGUCUUGAUAACAACGGUGGAUGUGACCAGCUCUGUCAGAAUCUUCGUGUCGGUCACACCUGUCGGUGCAAAGACGGUUUCCGUCUCCAGGACAACACAACGUGUGCAGAUCUUGACGAGUGCGGAGUUCCCGGCUACUGCAGCCAGCUGUGUGAGAACGGCUUCGGCGUUUACAGCUGCAGCUGUCUGGGCGGGUACGAACUGCAGACAGGUGGCAAAUGUGUGGCUUCAGGACAAGAGCCGUACCUGAUUGUUUCCAACAGAAGGGAGAUCGUGAGGUUGAAUGUCAGGACAAUGUCCAAAACGGUGAUUCUCACCAAGGACCUCCGUAGCGUCAUUGCAGUUGAUGUGGAUGUCGCCAGGGGGAGGCUAUUUUGGACGGACGUCGGGACACAAAAAAUUAACAGCGCGGCUCUUCCGCCUGUCGAUGCUAAAGAAGCGGCUGCCGACGACGUCCAAACCAUCUUCUCUUCCGACGUUUCUAUCCCUGACGGAAUCGCCGUGGACUGGGUGUACGGGCACGUGUACUGGACGGACACGGGGCUGGACACGAUCUCCGUGGGAACGAUGGACGGAGCCUGGCGCAAAACUCUGGUGGAUACCGGCCUGAAGGAACCGAGAGCGAUUGUUGUGGAUCCUGAACAGGGUCUGAUGUACUGGACGGACUGGGGAUCCGACCCUAAGAUCGAGCGGGCCUGGAUGGACGGUCAGCAGCGGGAGGUCAUCGUGGGAGACAACAUCACCUGGCCCAACGGUCUGGCGAUAGAUUACGUCAGCAGAAGGUUGUUUUGGCUGGAUGGGAAGAAAGGCACUCUAGAAAGUAGCAACCUUCUGGGCGGAGACAGAAUGGUCAUCACCCAACACCCGGCUUCUCACCUGUUCGGUUUGGAAGUGUUCGAGGACACCGUGUACUUCUCGGACUGGGAGAUGUUCAGUCUGUACGGCGCCAGCAAGUUCAACGGCAGCGACAAGCACGUGCUGAGCGACGACUUCUUCAUGCCUAUGGACGUCAGUAUUGUACAUACCCUAAAACAGACGAAAGCCACGAACUACUGUCUCGACCAAUCAGGGAGGUCGUACUGCACACAUCUUUGUCUCCCUGUGCCUCCGAAAGAAGGACACAAAAACUACACGUGCGCAUGCGCAGAUGGCCACAUGGAUGAACAUGGAGAAUCGUGUACAGGUGUUGAACAAGAAUUAGACUUCGAGAUGAAAACACCAUCUGAACUUGUGGACAAAAUAACACCAACCGCGGUGCCUACAACAAAGACAGUCCCAGUAUCAUCCCAAACAGAAACACCGACAUCAAUAACUACGCCAGAAUCGUCCAUGGAGACGGUUGAAACUACGACGGUUCACUCGAACGGGGAGGUCGACUCGAACAAGUUACUGGAAAGCCAGUUCAACACCACAGACUUCAACAUCAUCCGCAAGCACGGGGUUUUGUCUGACUCCACGGCGGGAGAGUCCUGUGGAGGCCCGGGAAGGUUUCUGUGUUCAGCCGGCAACUGUGUGGAAGGGCAGGCCGUCUGUGACGGGAAAACGGACUGUGCUGACUGGGGUGACGAGGGACCGGUUGUCUGCAAUGAAGAUGAAUUCCUGCUGAUCCCCAGCAGCUCGAAAGUCCGGGCAGUCAGCAUCAAAACGGGCGGGCACAACGUCGUGGUGCCGCCCGAAGAAGGCCGGAAUAUCCAUCACGGUGGACAGCGACCGUCCAGACGGAAACCCAAUACUGGCAUUUACAGUCAUAAGGUGGGUUCGGAAGAACCGCCCACAGGGAUCUUCACGGGAAAGAACUCCACGUUUGACGGUCUGGCCGUGGACUGGAUCCACCAGAACCUGUACUGGACGGAGACCAUGGGUGAGGCCAUCUGUGUCAUGAACCUACAGAACGGGCGCUGGAGGACUCUCAUCAAGGAAGACGUCAAGAGGCCCUUCGCUAUUGCCUUGGACCCCAUCGAUGGGUGGGUGUACUUUGCGGACUGGGCCUACCCCGCCAGUAUUGAGCGGGUCGGAAUGGACGGAUGGGAACGACGGGCUAUCAUCACUGAGCAGAUCAUCUGGCCUAGUGGGCUUGCCAUUGACUUCCACUCCAGAAAGCUGUUCUGGUCCGAUGCUAAGAUCGACAGUAUCUGGUCCAGUGAUAUGGACGGGAAGAACCGCCGCAUCAUCGUGGGCAGUCGGCGUCUGUCCAGACCUCUGGCACUGGACAUCCUACAGGACACACUGUUCUGGAUGGACUGGGACGUGGACUCAGUGAAGAGGGUGGAUAAGAAAACGGGCACGCAGAAAUCAUUACUGAUAGUACAGACGCUGGACAACCCGCUACACAUGCUGGUACACGCAGGGUGGAAACAACCUAAAGGACGAAACCGUUGCGGUGAGAAUAAUGGUGGUUGUUCCGACCUCUGUCUGCCCACCCCUAAACCCUUCAACAGCCGGAGAGACUUCACCUGCGCAUGCGGGGAAGGGUUCAUUCUCGCAGAGGACGGAGUCACCUGCAAUUCUCAGUAAAAAAAAGAAGAGCUCAAAAUGACAGGUUUUAA